UUUUUUUUUAAUUUGUCAGCAUAUCCAUCCCAUCAUGAGCCUCGCAAACCUCAAGCUUGUUUACUUUAGUUUUGGAACCGUGGGUCGCGGUGAAUCCAUCAAGCUGCUGCUUGAAGACGCUGGCGUUCCCCACGAGUACGACUUCAUUGAUCGCGACGCAUGGGAGCCUGUCAAGCAAAAGUUGAUUGACGAAGGCCAUCCUUUUGCCUGUGUCCCCUAUCUCGAAGCUGACGGCCAAAAGUACUUUGCCAGCACCCCAAUCUUGCGUUUCGUGACAAAGAAAUUGGGCAAGUACCGAGGUAGCAACGAUGAUGAAGAGCAGUUCGUGGACGCCUGUGCUGAUUUCGCUGAUGAUUGGUACUUUGCUCAGCUCAAGUCAAUGUUGAACCCUACUGACAAGGCUUUGAAGGAGGAUUAUGUAACGAAUCAUGCUCCGAAGCACUUUGCUCGUUUCGAGCGCAUCUAUGGUCAUAACCAAGGCCCUUACAUCUUGGGAUCCGAGAUUUCAUACGCCGAUUUCAUGGUCUACCAUACUAUCGAUGAUCAAAAGCAAACCCAGAACCUCAAGGAAUUCCCCAACCUUGCCAAGUUCAUCGAAGCUUUUAUUGCCCGUCCCACCAUGGCCAAAUACCUGACUGUUGCUCCUCCCAAGACCGAGUAAAAAAAAACAGAACGCAAAAGGCACCUAUUCCCUCUGUCUUUUAUCAACAAUAUGACGUUAUCAUAAUAAAAAAAUCCCCAGAUAUUAAGAAGAUUUA